CGUCUGCAAGAAAACCGCCAAGCUCCAAGAGCACCAAAGUUAUCUUCGGCGAUGACAGCAAAGAGAAGUAGCCGUAACUGCCUGAGGUUCCCAGCGUUAGAGGUCUUGCUUCUAGACGACAAUCAACUCUCCGACUCGACUGUCUUCCUCAGUUUGGCCAAUCUUCGAAGGCUAAAGCAGCUGAACUUGGACAAAAACGGAAUUAAAGAGGUGCCGUAUCUCCAUUACUUGGGCCAGGAUCACUUCUCCAUCCAUCCUUUAUCAGCAAAGUCAGGGAUCCGGGAAGGCUUACGUUGCCGGAAAAAAUCUCCCCAAAAGUCACACCAGGAUCGGUCCCCCAGGCUAAACCAGCAGUACAGUUACAUUAUAACCCAAAACACCCAGGAUCCAGACAAGACAGGUAGGUAGGGCCUCC